AUGCCAAAAUUGACUCUAGAAUUAAGAUCCAUCCUAUUCGCAGUCGCCGUCCACGCACCCGCCGCCGACCCCGCAUACCUGGCGGACGCUCUUGAGUUGAUCAACGAGGACAACCAGCGCCAGGCCGGCGACCAGUCGGGAAUUAAUGGCGGCCCGGAAAACGACCCCUUCGUCGACUUCGAUCUGAACUCCCAGCCGCGCCUCAACCUACCCCCGCCGAUGAUGGCCCCGUUCCAACCGCCGCCGGUGCCACCAUACAUGCCGUAUGGACAGCUGCCCUCCACCAGCCAAAUGGGCACGCUGAGCUCGCCGACCGUCCCCUUCGACCGGAUGCAACUCGAGUCACCGCCGGCGCCUAAUGUCGGAACUGCGGUCCGGUCCCGACCUCAAGUCUACCCGGUGGCCCCGAUGCCUCCACGGAUGCCGCCCAGGCUCUCCCAUAUGCCAAUGCCGCUGCCGGUAGUUGAAGACAACGAACCUACAACCCCUCGGCAACGGCUGAAGACGUAUGGUGUCGGACCUUCGAUGGAACGAGACGCUCCGCCAUCUGUCCCGAUCCCAUCACCUCCACCAACACAAGUCCCCAGCCUCCGUCCGACGUCUCCAAUACCGAUUGUUGGUAACAGCAGCAUGCACCAAAUGCCGCCGCCGUCCACGCGAAAUUUCGGGAAUUGGUGUCAUAUCCAGUACUAUGAGGAGCGGCAAGAGAUCGGAGCUCCUUUCUCUUCCAAUGACAAUGUCGUCUACGUCGAUGGCUAUAGCGCCACAAAUGAAUCUGAUCGGUUUUCCCUGGGAACCAUCUCUUUUGCGAAGAGCGACACGAUGGCUGUAGAGAUCCGACAGCAAAUUGGCGAAGGCUUCAAACUAACCCGAAUGGACGACAUGGUCGAAGUUCAAGUGAUUGGCGACAUGCCAAUUUUCGUCCAGAUGCCGCUGAUGUCUUGGUGUUCCGGGGACCACCCCUGGACUGUCUAUCGACUCAGCAAAGGAGCGAAGAUCUGCGUCCACCGCGACUCGGUGUUCCAGAAGAAGCUCGACAGCCUGAAGAUGAGCUACAAAGCGGUUUUCCGGUUACAGUCCUUCUGCAUCGUCAAAAUCGCGUUCCUGAAAGGGUUCGGCAAGGAUUACCGACGCCAGAAUAUCGAAAGUACGCCUUGCUGGGUGGCCGUCAACUUCCAGAGUGCCUUGCAGCAGAUUGAUAAGGUCCUCCGCUCGUUCCAAGUGCAGGAAGAGCUGUGCACCUCGUUCUCA